AGUCGUAGUGAGAAGACGCUUUUCGUUUUGAUUUCCGCAACAUUUCUGUUAUGCAAACAUAAAUUUAAAUUACAGUGAGCAGCUGAGAAAAGCGAAUUGUGGGCGAUUGAGGAAAAUUAGCUUUUUCGCGUUUGAGUUGGCAAAGAUUGAAAAAUUGUAAACAAUGGAGGUGAUGUUUACAAUUAACGGAAAGACUUUUAAUGUCGACCCGAAGAUCGUCCCGAUUGACACGUCGCUGAAUAGCUUCAUCCGCAACCAUGCCCACCUCACCGGGACAAAGUUCAUGUGUCUGGAGGGAGGUUGUGGAGCUUGCGUCGUCAACGUGAACGGAAUCCAUCCGGUCACGAAGCAGAAGUCAUCAUGGGCUGUGAACUCGUGUCUUUUCCCGGUACUAUCCUGCCACGGUCUGGAUAUCUUAACGGUCGAAGGAAUUGGAGACAAGCAAGAUGGCUACCAUCCGACCCAGAAGCUUCUGGCGCACUUCAACGGAUCCCAGUGCGGGUUCUGCUCACCGGGCAUGGUCAUGAACAUGUACAGCUUGCUGGAGUCCAAGAACGGUCAGGUGACCAUGGCCGAGGUCGAGAACGCUUUCGGAGGAAACAUCUGCCGUUGUACCGGAUAUCGACCGAUUCUGGACGCGUUCAAAUCGCUGGCUGUUGACGCUGAGCCUCGUCUCAAGGAGGCGUGCCGAGAUAUUGAGGACUUGACCAAGAUUUGUCCCAAAACUGGAUCGGCGUGUGCUGGCAAGUGUUCCGUGGCAGAAAAGAUCAACGACAAGAAGGUAGUCCAUCUUAGCUUUGCCGAGGACAAAGAGUGGCACAAGGUCUACAACAUCAGCGAUGUGUUUGCCAUCUUUGAGAAAAUCAAAACGAAGCCGUACAUGCUCGUCGCUGGCAACACUGCCCACGGUGUCUACCGUAGAAGCGAUGACUUGCAGGUUUUCAUCGAUGUCACUUCAAUCGAAGAGCUGCGAUCGCACUCCAUGGGGAACAACUUGACCGUUGGGGCGAAUGUCUCGCUUACCGAGCUUAUGACCAUUCUGACGGAUGUCGCAGCAAAGAGUCCGAAUUUUGGCUACUGUGCGGAGCUCGUUAAGCAUAUUGACCUGAUUGCCAAUGACCCCGUACGCAACACCGGAACAAUCGCUGGAAAUUUGUGCAUCAAGAAUCAGCACAACGAGUUCCCUUCGGAUUUGUACUUGAUCCUGGAGGCCGUUGGAGCUCAGUUGACUAUCAUGAAAUCCUGUGGCAAGACCAGAACCAUUUCUCCAGCUCAAUUUGUGUCCAAAUACAUGAAGAAAAAGUUGGUUCUCAACGUUGUUCUACCACCGCUGGAUCCCAAAGUAUUCGUCUUCCGCUCGUUCAAAAUCAUGCCGAGAGCACAAAACGCCCACGCGUACGUCAACGGUGCGUUCAUGAUCAAGUACAACGCGAAUAAGGCAUCCGUUAAGUCUGCUUCACUUUGCUUUGGCGGAAUCAAUCCUAAGUUCACGCACGCCACUCAAACUGAAAAGUUCCUCGCCGGCAAAAACCUGUUCUCCAACGACGUCUUCCAAAGGGCUCUCAAAACGCUGUCCAACGAGCUCAACCCGGACUGGGUCCUUCCGGACGCAUCCCCCGAAUACCGCAAGAACCUUGCCCUCUCACUGUUUUACAAGUUCGUACUCAACAUCGCCUCCGAAGACAACGCGUCCAUCAAGUCCCAGUACAAAUCCGGUGGCUCGGUCCUUGAGCGACCGGUUUCUACCGCCUCACAGCGAUUCGACACGUACAAGGAAAACUGGCCCCUCACCAAGAACAUUCCCAAGAUUGAAGGUUUGGCGCAGACGUCCGGCGAGGCUCAGUACACCAACGAUAUUCCGGCACGACCUAACGAGCUGCAUGCAGCGUUUGUGCUGGCCACCAAAGCUCACGCCAAGAUCGAGAAGAUUGACGCUUCGGAAGCUUUGAAGCAAGCUGGAGUUGUGGCGUUCUUCUCCGCAAAGGACAUUCCCGGAGCGAACAACUUUAUGUACUUCCCCAACUAUAUGGGAUCGGAUAUCGAGGAGGUCUUCUGUAGCGAUCGCGUAGCCUAUCACGGUCAACCUGUAGGCAUGAUCGUGGCGGAAUCGUUCGCUUUGGCCAAUCGGGUCGUUAAACUUGUGAAGGUGUCGUAUGGAGAGCCUAACUCUAGAGUGUACCCAACAGUGCAGGAUGUUCUUCAAGCCAAGGUCGCUGAUCGUAUCAAGGAAAUGCCGUACAGCAAGCUUGGAGCAAGUUACGAGGCCGCUCCGGAAGGGGACAUGAAAGUGAAAGGUCACUUCGAGAUUGGAGGUCAGUACCAUUACUACAUGGAAACGCAAUGUUGCGUGUGCAUCCCAAUCGAGGACGGUAUGGACGUGUACUCGGCGACUCAGUGGGUGGAUUUGACCCAGAUGGCAAUUGCCAAGAUGCUGAAGGUUCCCCAGAACAGCUUGAACCUGUACGUUCGCCGGCUGGGAGGUGCCUACGGUGGAAAGGGAACACGAGCUACGAUGAUCGCGUGUGCUUGUGCACUGGCCGCCCACUUUACGAAGAGACCAGUUCGAUUUGUGAUGACCUUGGAGGCCAACAUGGAGGCAAUUGGUAAACGAUACCCGCUCGUUUCCGAUUACGAGGUUGAUAUAACCAAGGAGGGCAAGAUCACCAAGCUGUUCAACGAAUACGUUCAUGAUUUUGGAUCGAACUUCAACGAAGGCAUGUUCCAUGCCGGUACGUUCUUCACCAAUUGCUACGAUGAUACCGUUUUUAAGACAGUGGCCAAGGGAGUAAAAACGGAUUGCGCCAGCAACACCUUUUGUCGUGCUCCGGGAACUACCGAAGGAAUUGCAAUGAUUGAAACCAUUAUGGAGCACGUGGCAUUCGCUACCGGGCUUGAUCCGUUGGAAGUCCGCAUGGCAAACAUGCCAAAAGACCUGAAGAUGUUGGAGCUGAUGCCGCAGUUCCGAGCUGACGUUGAAUACGAUGCUAGAAAGAAGGAAAUCGAACAGUUCAACGCGGAACAUCGUUGGCGCAAACGAGGCAUUGCCAUUGUUCCGAUGCGGUAUCCUUUGGGCUACUUUGGAUCGGUGAGCGCUAUUGUAAGCAUCUACCAUGAUGAUGGUACCGUUGCGAUUUCUCACGGAGGUAUCGAAAUGGGACAGGGCAUGAAUACCAAGGUGUCACAAGUAGCUGCGUACACGCUUGGCAUUCCGAUUGAGAAGAUUUCCAUCAAACCAACCAACACACUUACUUCACCGAAUGCUAUCAUCACUGGAGGAAGCAGGGCCAGCGAGACUGUCUCCUAUGCGGUCAAACGUGCCUGCGAGUUGAUCCUGGAGCGCAUGCAACCAAUCAAGGAAGAGAACAAGAACGAUCCGUGGGAAACCCUGGUCGAAAAGUGUCACACCAAGAACGUCGACCUGUGUGCCACCUACAUGGUCAAGGCUUCCGACCUCGUCCCGUACAUCAUCUGGGGUCUCAGCUGUUCCGAGGUCGAGCUCGACGUCCUCACCGGAAACGUUCAACUCCGCCGCGUUGACAUCCUCGAGGACGUCGGCGAAAGCCUUAGCCCCGGAAUCGACGUCGGCCAGAUCGAGGGCGCGUUCGUAAUGGGCCUCGGAUACUACCUAACCGAAGCGCUAGUAUUCGAUCCGAAGGAUGGUGCCCUGCUGACGAACCGCACCUGGACGUACAAACCCCCGGGUGCCAAAGACAUUCCGGUGGACUUCCGCAUCCGGUUUCUGCAGGGUAGCUCCAACCAGACGGGAGUGCUGCGCUCCAAGGCUACCGGUGAGCCGGCGAUGAACAUGACCAUUUCGAUUAUUUUUGCCCUGCGGCACGCAUUGAUGGCCGCCCGGAAGGAUGCUGGGUUGGCGCGGGAGUGGAUUGCUCUGGGGGCGCCGUCGACGCCGGACCAGAUUUUGGCGCUGGCUGGGAAUAGCAUUGAGCAGUUUAAGCUGUGUUGAUGGGUUAAACCGUGUAAUGUAUUGCAGACUAGUUUUUAGUGUGUAGCUUUUAAACGUAAUGAAAUAAGUUAACGGUGUAUGGUUUAAUAAAUACAAUUUCAAAUUUUCAUGUUACAUUUUUCCAACUUGCAAAGCCCAAUGCUUAAUUUUUUAGCUAUUUUUAUAUGUUACGGUUUGUUACGAAGGUUACUUUAUAAGAUAACGCUCCC